CACCGGCCUUCCUCCUCCUCACUCUUCGUUCACUGCAGGCUCCGGCCUCUCUAAUCCGGUCCUGCUGUGCCAAUUGCGAAACUAAUCAUAAACCCCGCUUCAAUCCACCGGAUUAAACCCUAGCCACCGGCGGCUCCGUCUCCGCGCCUCCCACCCAUGCCGCUCUGCCACUCCCCCACCUCCGCCGCCGUCGCCACGGCGGCAUCUCCCAUCGCCGCCCGCAGCGGGGGACUCCUUCGCAGCUCGCGCCCAGCCCCCGUCGUCGUGAGAUGUAAAAAGGUUGAUUCUCUGAGGGCAAUCAAUGGAUCACCACCAUGCAUUCCAGUGUCCGACAGGUCACUAUUGACUCCUGUAAACUUGCCGGUUUUCCGGGAUCCAAGCAUGAGAAACGACACAAGGCUGCGCAUCUUCUCAGGCACAGCCAAUCCUUCCCUUUCCCAGGAGAUAGCAAGCUACUUGGGUCUAGAACUUGGGAAGAUUAACAUAAAAAGGUUUGCGGAUGGUGAAAUAUAUGUCCAAUUGCAAGAAAGUGUGCGGGGCUGUGAUGUUUUCCUUGUGCAACCAACGUGCCCUCCAGCAAAUGAGAAUCUCAUGGAACUUCUGAUCAUGAUCGAUGCCUGUAGGAGAGCAUCUGCUAAGAAUAUUACUGCAGUCAUCCCUUAUUUUGGUUAUGCAAGGGCUGACAGGAAGUCUCAAGGCCGGGAAUCUAUAGCUGCAAAGCUUGUAGCUAAUAUGAUUACAGAAGCUGGUGCGAACCGUGUCCUUGUUUGUGAUCUUCAUUCCAGUCAGGCAAUGGGAUACUUCGACAUCCCAGUAGAUCAUGUUUAUGGCCAGCCUGUUAUUCUUGAUUAUCUCGCCAGCAAGACAAUAUGUUCAAAUGACUUGGUGGUUGUAUCUCCUGAUGUUGGAGGUGUUGCCAGGGCACGUGCUUUUGCCAAAAAGCUUUCAGAUGCACCUCUAGCUAUUGUAGAUAAAAGAAGGCAUGGACACAAUGUUGCUGAGGUAAUGAAUCUUAUUGGAGAUGUUAGAGGAAAAGUGGCUGUUAUGAUGGACGAUAUGAUUGACACAGCAGGAACUAUUGCCAAAGGAGCUGAGCUACUGCAUCAGGAAGGAGCUCGAGAAGUAUAUGCUUGCUGUACACAUGCUGUUUUUAGCCCACCUGCCAUUGAAAGGUUAUCAAGUGGUUUGUUUCAAGAAGUAAUCAUCACAAACACUAUCCCUCUUAAGGAGGAGAAGACUUUUCCGCAGCUGACCAUUCUUUCAGUUGCUAACCUCUUAGGUGAAACAAUCUGGCGUGUUCAUGAUGAUUGUUCAGUUGGUCAUGAGCCAUACUCCAGCUUGGAUAUUGACUAAUGCUUAAGGCUUAUUACUCAUGCCGCGCCCUUCAUGCCUAGGAAUAGUUGUGGCAGCUCACAACCUUUUUAUCUUCUUUUUUUGGGGGGCCUCAGUUUUUUUUUUUUUGGUGUGUGUGUAAUAAGUGGCCCUAUGUUAUGUGGGAUUCUGUCAGCAAAGAAGCAAAGAACCUCAACCAUGUUUUUGAAUGACAGUACAUAAGUUGGAAUUUUGGAUUGUAGAUUUGUAGUGCAGUGUUUCAGCUAUCGUCAAUGCACGUACAUAUGGCUCCCUGCCAUCCCAGUUUUCA